CUAUUAUUAUUAUUCAUAGAUUUGGAAGGGACCCCCAAAGGUCAUCCAGUCCAACCCCCUUCUGCAAAGCAGUAGAAAGCUACAGCCAGUAGGCUGUUAGGAAUUCUGGGAGUUGCAGUCCAAAACACCCGGAGGGAAGGCCUGCUUUAGAGGAAUAUCCUGGAGGUGGGUUCUAGAUUUGCGCACAUUUCAGGGUUCCGUGCAAGGAAAGCAACCCUGGCCUUGAAACUGUGCAAUGAGAAGGAAGGGAAAGGAGAAAGUUUUGCAAAAAGGUCCCGAGGCGAAAAGCCUGGGCAAGUUGAGACGGAGAAAGUUCCCAUCCUGGGAAACAGGUGGGGCAAAGAGAGCCGAGCCUUCACAUCUUUGAUCCAGAACGGCUCUUGUCGGGGAUGCGGGCCAUGGGUUUGAAUGUUUGAACCUAAGGAGGGUACGAGGGACCUGCGCUCGACCGGCCGCCAUGAAGAAAAUGUUCUCCUGCUCCAGCAACCAAGUGGCCUUCGAGAGCUGGAACAAACAGGACCAGAAGCUCCUUGACGCCGUGGAAAAGGGGGACGUGGGCAGGGUCUCGGCCCUGACGGCCAAGAAGGCGGCCAAGCCCACCAAACUCAAUGCGCUCGGCCAGUCGGCGUUCCAUUUGGCAGCCUCCAAAGGACUCACCGAAUGCCUCACCAUCCUCCUUACGAACGGGGCCCAAGUCAACGACACAAACGAUGAUGGCAGCACAGCCUUGCAUCUCGCCACCAUCGCCUGCCAACCUCAAUGCGUCAAAGUCUUGCUUCAGCACGGAGCAAACGAAGACUGUGUCGAUGGAGAGAACCGAACGCCCCUCCAUUGGGCGGCCUUGUCCGGAUGCGCCUCCAGCGUCUUGCUCCUUUGCGACCAAGAAGCCUUCCUCGACGUCAUGGAUAAUAACGGACAGACCCCUUUAAUGGUCGCCGCGCAAGGAAACCAGGCCGCCAUUUGCUCCCAGUUGCUCCAAAGAGGCGCAAAGGCCGACCUCAUCGAGAAAGAAGGGAAGACGGCCCUGAUCCUGGCCUGUCAACAAGGCCACUUGGAGGUGGCGGAGCUCCUCCUGCAAAACGGGGCCGACGUCUCCAUCGCGGACAAAACGGGACGCGACGCCCUCCAUUAUUCUGCGCAGAACAAGAACAAAAAGCUGCGCCGCUUGGUCCAGAACGCCCUUCGGAAGCGGAAGAAAAAAGAACAAGGCCUCGAUCUUUCCUCCGAGACCGUCUCCCAGAUCCCGUCAGAGAGUGGGAAAGAGACGGAGGUGAACAGCCUCAGCCUCAACCUCAAUGGCCGGAACGACAACAACGGAGACAACGAAAACGAUGACAGCGAGGAAGAAGACCCGGAGCUGAAAGAGUGGAGGAGCCGCUACCGAGAGGAGAAGCUCAAGGUGAUCCAGCUGGAGUUGGCGCUGGCCCAGAAGGACAGGGAGUGCGAGGCCCUUUCAGAAGGAAGCAAGGCCAUGAAGGAACGAGUGUGGGACCAGGUCCAGGAGAUCAACCAGCUCCUUCCGGACGGAGAUGGCCAGAGCCGCGGAUGGAACGAGCUGAGCCAGCGAUACAGCCGGGACGCGACGGAGGAGGACUACUACCUCAAUCUCCUGGCCGAACAAGUGCGAGAACUCAAGAGGAGGAAGGAGAGAAUGGAGAAGGAGAAAGAGGAGGAGAAAGGGUCUUCUUCUCAGAAGGAAACGAGUCAACCUAGAGAGAUCCAAUGGCCGGGAGUGGAAGAUGAGGAGGAGAGGCGACGCCAUGAAAUGGAAGUCAAGGGUCUACAAUUAGAAGUGGCUACAGCCCUCGAGGAGAAGAUCGAAGCCCUGAAACAGGUGCAAGAGAUGGAGGGACACAUGGAGAACAUGAGAGCGGUCAUCAAGGUCUACGAAUCCAAGAAGAAGCACCAGAAAGAGGCAGAGGCCCGGGCAGCUGAACUGGAGGAGGAGAACCAACGUCUCCGCGGGAUGUUGACAAAGAAGGGUCCGGAUGGAGAUCCUCAAAAGGGGUUCUCUGCAUUCUUAACGGAGAUGGAGGCGACCUAUGAGAAGACGCGGAAGGAGAAUGAAGCCACGAAAGCAGAGAAUGCAGCUCUGAAGCGAGAGGCUGAGGAGACCCUCGGGAGCCGCCUCCUGUUUCAAGAGGUGCCGUCAGGAGUGGUGAAGAAGGCCAUGUUUGCUUGGAAGAAGGCCGUUGAAGGCCUUGAAGGCGCCUUGGAUAAGGUUGAACGAGCCCAUUCGACGCUCCUGGAGAAGGCGAGACCACUUUGGAAGGACAUUUCGUUAGUAGUCGUUAACAACGGAUGCCAUGUUGAGGAGAACGUCUCAAAGGAUGAGAACGUGAAGAUCUGCGUCAUCAACAAUGGACACCAUGUUGAGGAGAACGUCUCAAAGGAUGAGAAUGUGAAGGUCCGCGUCAUCAACAAUGGACACCAUGUUGAAGAGAAUGUCUCAAAGGAUGAGAACGUGAAGAUCUGCGUCAUCAACAAUGGACACCAUGUUGAGGAGAACGUCUCAAAGGAUGAGAAUGUGAAGGUCCGCGUCAUCAACAAUGGACACCAUGUUGAAGAGAAUGUCUCAAAGGAUGAGAACGUGAAGAUCUGCGUCAUCAACAAUGGACACCAUGUUGAGGAGAACGUCUCAAAGGAUGCUGAGAAGGCCCGAAACGAGGCAGGAAAUGCGAUGUUGGGCAGGAACGAGGAGGUCAAGCUCAGGCUGACAGAGAGCAAAGCCCGUCCGUGCCGGAAAAGCUCCGACUUGGAGAAAGAGGUGUGGGACCUCAAGCAGAACAACGGCCACCUCGCGACGGAGUUAUCCCGACUGAGCAAAGAACGGGAGAAGCUACAACAAGAACUGAGAACCUUGUGUGGUCCUAAAGAAGGGUCUCGACAACUGGAAAUGAUAGAGGAGAUGAAGAGGAGGGUGGAGUUGUUGUCCAAGGAGCUCUUGGCUGAAAAGGAGGUCUCUGAGAAGUUGCGGCUGGAGCUGGCGGCUCAGGCAAAGGAAACAGCAGCCACGAAGGCCCGCUUCCUGGAGAAGAUGGAGGCCACCAGCCUCUUUGGGGCCGAGACCCUCAACAGCUGCAUCUUGAAGGAACUCCACUGGAAGCUGGACAACGUGGCCAAGAAGCAGAGCAAGGCCCUGCAGCUGGUGUCCGAGAUGGAGGAGGAGAACCUCAACCAAAGCUUCCACCAAAGUGAGAGGACGGUGCCAGACAUCCCUGUGGAAGCCCUGGACGCCGUGGGAGACAACUUGAAGGUCCGGCAGGUGUUGGUGGAGUUGGAGGACGUGCUUCGUGAGCUGAAAGAAGCCUUGGACGGCGCCGAGAAGAACGAGGUGGUCUCCAAGUUGAAAGGUCUGGUGGACCGAAUGGUGGCCGCGAUGGCCACCCUGCGCCAGGAGGAAGAGGAGGCUCUGCGGAAGCAUGAGAAGGUGCGCGGGAUGCUCUCCGUCCGGGCGCAGGUCUUGGCCGGGGAGCUGGCCACACUCCGGGAUAAGUUCGAGGAGGCCAGGGGUGAGGCCGGGCGCCGGGCGGAGGCUCUCGAGAGCGAGGCUCGGAUGAACCGGGAUCUGCUGGAGGAGAUGGCGGAGCAUGAGGAGGAAGUGGAGGAGCUGAGGGGGAAGACCAGGAGGAUGGAGAGCACCAUCGAGAGCCUGGGCAAGAAGGUGGAGGAGCUCUCCAAGGCCGGGCAGGAGAAGGAAGCCAAGUUCAAGAAGCUGUUGAAGGAAACGGAGAAGUUUUCCAGCGAAAUUCUCAACCUCCGGAGCGAACGCACCCGUCUUCUGCUGCAAAACGAGGUGGCCCAGAAAAACCAUCAAGAGAUUGUGGCCAUUUACCGAACUCACCUACUCAAUGCAGCCCAGGGUUUCAUGGACAAAGAGGUGCAUGAAAUGCUGCAGCGGAUCCUGAGGACGAAUGACGACUGAUGGGUGGAAAAUAAAAUAAAACUCAGGGCAAUGUACAGCAUUAUUAUAAUAUGUAUAUAUUGUGUACGAAAUGGCUAUGCGUCUUAUUAAGAUGAGUUCGCAUUCAUUGAGAUUCAGGAACAAUAUAUUAUUUUUUAGGUCUUCUGUUCCUCAUCCUUGCGUCUCUAUCAUCUUCUGUAUCAUCUUCCUCCGUUAGACUCUUAUUUCUUUCUGUUUCAUUUUCAGAUAUUUAUGUAUUCUUUGAGCUUUUUCUUCUCACGGGUCUGCCUGAAUUCCUCUUCAUAAAGAAAGUUAAAGUUAAUUCCUUAUGUCCAGCACUUUUUCAAGCCAUUGUGUUUCUUCAAUCUUCCAGUUUUUUGCGAAGACCAUCCUUGUUGCGUUGUUAACUAUGUAAAUAAAAUGUCUCUGUUUUGAUCUAA